GUGGUGGGAGCAGCAAUGUCAGGAGGUGCCGAGGUGUGUGGGGGGGGUGGGGAGAGGAGUAUCUGGACGCCACCGCCAACCGGCGCCUGCGUAUUGCGCACGGCACAGCCACAACAACGUCGCCGACCGCCGACAUAUAAGGCCUGCAACGAGGGUUCACGGCAUCACAAGCUCAUUGGCUUCCGUUCCCAUCAAUUGGUUUGUGUUCGUUCUCCUGAGUCGUCGAGACUAGUUCAUCUAAUCGCCAACAUGCCUGAUCCAUGCUGUGAAGGAAAGGAAACUGACUGCUCCAAGGGAGACUGCAAAGGCUGCGAUGCAGGCUGCAAGGGCAAUUGCUGCCGUGGCGCCCCGUGCGAGAAAUGCACCCCAGAGUGCGCCUGCAAGUCGGCUGAUGACUGCGCUAAGAACUGCGCCAAAGCCUGCAAGUGCUGCCCAUAAUGAAAUUCAAGUGUUGCGAACGUGCAUUCUACUAACCUAACUUAACACGUGUGAGUUUGGAUGUCAUGAAGUCUUCGUUGCUGUGAAAACAUCUUGUAUGACAGUGAACACUUGAAUUCUGAAAGUAAAUUAUUUCUUUAAACUGG